AUGAGCCAUUUGAGGCCUCCUAGUUGUGAAAAGGGUUCCAUUUUCUGCAAGCAUCCGACGCCUCAAGCCGGCCUUCUGUACCUCAGCUUGGCUCUUCUCUCUGUAGGGGACGGAGCCACACACUUCACUCUUGCAUCCAUGGGAGCAAAUCAGCUAGACACCACAAAACAUCAAGGGAUAUUCUUCAAUUGGUACCUUUUCACACUCUACUUGGCAAACUCCGUGAGCUUAACGGUCAUGGUAUACGUGGAGGAACACCUAGGCUGGGGCUGGGGCUUCACCACCUUCACCAUGGCCAAUCUGAUUGGCUUGGUGGUCUUCCUCUGUGGCACAAAGUUUUAUCGCUUUGUCAAGCCCACUGGCAGCCCUUUCAAGAGCUUGGCUUGUGUCAUUGUUGCAACCAUCAAGAAAAGGAAGAUAUCUCUCUCCCCACAAACUGGAGAUUAUCAUCAUGAUGGAGAUGGUUUAAACUCUCCCACGCCGUUUUUCAAGCUCUUGAACCGUGCAGCGGUAAAAAGUGAAGAAGAGUCUAGUUCAAAUAUAGUGAAUCCAUGGAAAUUAUGCACAGUGUAA